AUGAUGAUAAUCUUGUAAUCCCUAAUCAUCAAGUAACAGUUUUAAUUAUUAAUAAUAUUGUAGACCUCAAUCAUCAAACGUUUAAUUUAGUGGAUAGUUCAUAUAUUUUAAAUGAAGAAAAUAGUAUUUCUGAUAUUGCGAUGAAUGAAGUUUAUGAAUUUAAUUUAGAAAAAUUAAUUUAA